UUUGCAAACAGAACGCCCAUCGACGAGCAGGAAAUGUGGAAACUGGACUCCAAGGAGGGCAUUAUUUGCUCCGGGGCAGCAUCGAUCUGCCUUGCGAUCGCCUAUCUCAUCAUAUUCGCCAACUUGAGGGGGUUAUCCUACAACUUUGGAGUGCACAUAGCGUCCAUGCAGAUCAUCAGCAGCGCAGUCCUCAUCGUCGGAGCCACCAAGGAGAGGCACAAGCUCUUCGUGCCCUGGAUGAUCACAACCGCCAUGUUCCUCUACUUGAUGGGUUACUCAUCCAUUGUGCUGCUGGCCAUGGGCGAUUGGGUUAUCGUCAUGUUUUUCGCAGCGCCAGUGAUAGGCUGCCUCGGAAUGGCAUUCUAUGCGGUGCAGAAGGCCUUCUGCAGGAUGCGCAAGGAUGGGAUGCCACCGAAGUAUGCCGACAUGCAAGUCAAAAGUAUUCUGGUGAAUCCCAUAUGAUGCAUUUGCCAUUUGCAAUUCUUGGUUUAUCAAAAGCACUCUAAUCGCAUCGUUAUCAGUGCAAUAAUUAUGUAUAAUAUGGUGAAGAUCAUAUCUCUAAUAUAUGCAAGAUUAUACAAAUUAAUACUGAGAAAAUCACUUUUCCAUUUGAUUUAAUCAAUAUUUAUAUCCUUAUAAUUUAUCGUAAUUUUAUUCUAUAAAGCCACUUAAUUUGAACAGAAAUAGCUAAAACAAGAUCACAAAGCAAUACAUUCAUCUAAGCUACAUAUUUUUUAAAAGUAUUUUAAGCUCAGCAUUUGGAUGUUUCGGAAAUCUGCAUUUUCAAAUAUCCCGCUCUUUGCAGCCCUGGUUGAUAC